UAAUGCUGCGUAAGCUCUCUAAUGCUACCUCACACACACUGUGACCACAACUAGCUCCUUUCAGCUGAAACACGAAGACACGAACCGGUGACAACAUGAGGCUGAAAUCAGGUCUGAAGGCAACAAGGCCGAGAGACACCGGUCGACUGUAGGCCAGCAGGAGUGACAGAGAGGUGGAGGAGGAAGAUGUCAAGGUCUUUCUGUCUGUUGCUGUGGCAGGCAGCUCUCAGAGUGUCCUGCCAUGUUGUUACAGCCAGUCUGUGUAUGGGGGGCUCCAACAUCUUUGCAUCUGUCAGAGAGAACAGUCCACUUGGUCAGUUCAUCUCAGACAUCAGCAUCAGAUCCGACCCAGGAGCGAAUACCGUCCGUCUGUGUCUGACCGGACCAAAUGCCAACUGGUUCUAUUUAGAGGGUCGGACUAUCAGACUCAACUCGUCUGCAUCCAGAGUCCUGGACCGAGAGGUUCUGGGGCCUUUUCUGAUCGCUGAGCUCACCUGUUAUGAGGACGAUAUCAAACAAAGCCACUACAGGAUUCUGGUGGAGAUUCAGAAUGAAAAUGACAACAAACCGAAGUUUCUGGAGGAGACCAUCCAACCGUUCAGCAUUAGUGAGGUUGCGGCAGUAAACUCUGUGGUUUUUACUGUGAAGGCUGUCGACUCAGAUGGAGAUAUGAUCAGCUACACCAUCGACCAGUCCUCGGUAGGGUCUCCAUUAAUUUCGGGCCCAUUCAGCAUUAAAGUUUCUAGAUUCAUUCUUCAAAGCAAACCUCUUGUCAGGAAACUUGCGCCACCUGUUUUCUGGUACCUGCAGGAAGAUGCAUGUUUCUUCAGGAUCGACCUGCCCAACAGUGGGAAAGUGGUGCUGAACAAACCUCUGGACUAUGAGAGCAGAACUCGUCUGCAGAUCAUUAUGUGGGCUCAGGAAUCAAACACUGAGGAGAAGUUCAACAUAUCUACUGUCCUCACCAUCAACAUUGAGGAUGUUGAUGACCAGUAUCCACACUUCCUGCCCUGCACACCAGUGUCCCCAGAUGUUCCGGUAUGCGUGAACCCAACCUACAGCGCCAACAUCACACGGAAGUACCAGGACUCGGUUCUGGAGUUUUCUCCUGGUCCAAUCAGAGCCAAGGAUGGAGAUCGGGGAAUUAACGCUCCUCUCCUGUAUAUGAUCCUGUCAGGUGAUGAUCAUGGCAGGUUUGUGAUGGACAACAGGACAGGUGAGAUCAGGUUGACCAGAGCUGUGGACGACCGACAACCAGCAGCAAACUUUACACUCACUGUCAUGGUGUGUCAGGUAGAGGACCGGUUAAAGUACAGUCUGGCCACAGUUCUUGUCAGAGUUCUCAGUGUGAACUCCUUCCCGCCGCUCUUUAACACAACCACCUUCAAGGGGUUCAUUAUCCAAAGCUCAAGCCCUGCCUCCAUCGUCUCUACAUAUGGGAACCAAGUGUUACAGGUCCAGGUGUUUGACUGGGACUUCCCUGAUGGAGUAAAUCCAAACAUCCGGUUCUUCCUUCAUCCACCAUCCCGACUGUUCCACGUUACGCAGGAGGGGGUUCUGAUCGCCAGGACGGACAAACUGCAAGCCUUCGACAGACACAUUCUGCAGGUUGUUGCCAGGGAUGAAGAAUCAGGAGAGGAAGCUUCAUCCUCAGUGGACACUGAAGUCCUGCAGCGAGGACAGGCAGUUCCUCACGGUGCGUUCAUGGAGCAGCAGCUCUUUGGAGUUGUGGACAGCAGGGUGGCAGGAGGAAUUACAGCGCUGAUCUUGCUGAUGUUUCUGUCAGCCUUCCUGUUUCUGCUGCUUCGAUUUGUCAGGAGGAGACGGCCUCAGGAAGCCAAUGUCCUCCCAGCCAUUGCGGUUGGAAAACAUCCUAAGGUGAGCUCCAGGUCUCCAGGGUUUAUAGAUGAGUCUGUCAGUCGUCAGGCUUCCUCACAGUCCGACAGCUUCCAUGGCAGACAGGGACUUUACACUCGGCGGCAGUCUCUUCCUCCUCUAACCUCCUGCUCCUCCUCAGCAGCAGACAGCACGUCCAAGCCCCGCCUUCCUGCUCCAUCCUCAGAGGUCAGCCUCAGUGAUCCAGCUGGUCGCUGCCACUUUCAGACGGAUCUGUUCAUGGUUGUAGAGAAACCUGAAAGUGGACUUUACAGGUGGGACAGGACCCCUGAUGUCACAGUAGGUCUGCCGUCUACAGGUCAGUGCACUGAGGUCCAUGCUGGGACACCUCAAUGUGACGAGGAAGUUAAGACUGACCAAUCACAGGACACUUAAAUGAUUGUUCCAGCCAAUCACAAAUCAAGACUUUACAGCAGCAAUUUGAGAGAUUCAACAUCUGACUGGCAAACAGAUUUAAACUCAUAUUUACUUUUUGGAGGGGUUUAAUGUAAAAUGGCUUUCAGAGAUCAUUUUUAAAAAACAUGUUUGAUUUCUGCUUAAAAACAUUCCGUGAACCAACAGCAGGAAGAUUUUUUCCGAGACUCUAACUGAACCUGCAGUAAUAAGCAUAGCGACCACCGGGGGGUGUUGGUGAGCUGUCUUUUUGACCUCCACCCUAACGGUAACAGCCUGAGGUGGAGUCAGCUAAGCUGAAUUUUCUGCACCAACCUGAAGUCGAUCUCAUGUGAAGACAAAUCCAGACCGGAAAGGAAACUGGGCUGAAAUUAUAUAGCAGAGAAAUAUCUGAAUAAAAUCCUGUUUCUGGGUAAAACCUC